CUCCUCUCACUUCCAUCUCUCUUUUCUUUUUUUUUUCCUCUUUCUCUUUCUCUCUCUUUGCUUUCUCUUUCUAAGAAUUUUGAAUAUAUGGGUCCUUACUCCUUCGUUGUACUAUUAAACCUUUCAUGUAUAUUUUUAUUUAUUUAUUUUGUUUGUUUGAGCUUUGAAGGUGAAAUUGUGAAGGAGAUCUAGGAUUUUAUUAAGUUUCCAAUUUGAAAGCCCCAAAACAGCAAUAAAAACCCGAACUUUUUAUUGAAGUUUUUUUUUUUGUGGUUCUUUUAGCUAUAUUUAGUAGAUCUGAUUAUGGAUUUUGAUGCAUGCAAAGUUUGGGUAUUGGGAAAAUGUGGGGAAUUAGAAACUAGUUUGAAUCUGAAAGUUUCCAUUUCGCUGUUGCGUAUCUUUAGAUUUCCAUUUCUGUUGCUUUCGAAUCUUAGAUUUUUCCAUUUCUGCUAUUGUUUUUAUGUGCUGUGGAUUGGGAUAUUUGGUUUGCAUAUCUUGGAUCUGCGGAAAUGUAAAGGCUACCAAUUGAAAUUUGGCUCAUUGGAGCUUCAUGGAUGAUGAUGCGUUGAACAUGCGUAAUUGGGGUUAUUAUGAGCCGUCCUUGAAGGGACAUCUUGGUCUGCAGCUCAUGUCUAGCAUGGCUGAGAGGGACACCAAGUCUUUCAUUCCUGGGCGUGAUCCCAAUCUCAUGGUUACUCCCAAUGCUGCCUUUCACCCACGGGACUGCGUUGUUUCAGAGGCACCUAUCCCCAUGAAUUAUGUUAGGGAUAGUUGGAUUAGCCAGAGAGAAAAGUUUUUCAACAUGUUACCAGCCACUGCUCCUAAUUAUGGCAUUCUUCCUGAAACUUCGGCGGCUCAUUCAUUGCCAAUAUUGCAGCCACCACCUGAUUCGUCAUCAAGAAAUGAGAGGGUGGUGGGUAGAGUCGAGGAGCCAUCAGUUAAUAAGGAAGGUGUUCCAUUGAAGAAAAGGCAGGGUGGGGCUGCCCCAAAGACGCCAAAGGCCAAAAAGCCUAGGAAGCCAAAGGAUAAUAGUAAUUCCACUGUUCAACGUGUGAAGCCUGCAAAGAAGAGUAUGGAUAUUAAAAUAAAUGGCUAUGACAUGGAUAUUUCAGGCAUUCCAAUUCCAGUUUGCUCAUGCACUGGAAGCCCUCAGCAAUGUUAUCGAUGGGGCUGUGGUGGUUGGCAAUCUGCUUGUUGCACAACAAAUGUAUCCAUGUAUCCUUUGCCAAUGAGCACCAAAAGGCGUGGUGCGAGGAUAGCUGGGCGGAAAAUGAGUCAGGGGGCAUUCAAGAAGGUCUUGGAGAAACUUGCAGCUGAAAAUUAUAACUUCAAUAACCCAAUUGAUUUGAGGACUCAUUGGGCUAGACAUGGUACCAACAAGUUUGUCACUAUCAGGUAGAUUCAAAUUGGUGGAAAUGAUAGUGGAACUCCAUCGCUUAUGGUCUGCUUCACCUGUAUAUAUUUCUGUGGCCUUCGUCGGAGAUCUUUGAUGCCUUGUAGUUCAUGAAUUUUCAGAGUCAUGAUAAUGUUUUAACUUUCGAACAUCGUGGUUCUUUGGAACUUCUUAGUUUUUCAUUUAUGCUUGUGCUUUAAGAACAUCCGUUUGUUCUGGUCACCAACUUUAAGUUGUGGAUGAGUUUUUAUUUGUUGGAUCCUGUUGGAUAAUCUCCUUUCAUCCACUCGGCAAAGUGUUAUUAUAGACUGGCAGUUGAAUGCUGCUUUUCCUGGCAAUCUUUUAGCUGACAUCAAUGACAUUUUGUUUAUUCCCUUUAUUUGCAUAAA